AUGGAGAGCAGUACUCCUUUAGGAGUGAAAAAAGGUGCUUGGACUAAAGAAGAAGAUCUUCUUCUAAGGAGUUGCGUUGGAAAGUAUGGUGAAGGUAAUUGGCACCAAGUUCCUCUCAAGGCAGGUUUGAACAGAUGCAGGAAAAGCUGUAGACUGAGGUGGUUGAACUAUCUGAGCCCAAAUAUAAAGAGAGGAGACUUUACAUCAGAUGAAGUUGAUCUCAUUAUCAGACUUCAUAAGCUCUUAGGCAAUAGAUGGUCACUGAUUGCUGGUAGACUUCCGGGGAGGACGGGAAAUGAUGUGAAGAAUUACUGGAACAGCCGCCUGCGGAUUAAGCCUGUGGCUAGUGGCAAAAAAGCAAUACCCAAAGCCGAGAAGACCACCACAUCAUCAACCAAAGUCAUAAAGCCUCAACCUCGGAGAUUUUCAACCAGUCUAGUUUGGUUCAGUGGAAACACUACCACUACCACUACCACUACCACAACCAAUAAUGUAGACAACAACAUUCAAUCUGGAGACACUCUCACCAAUCCUUCUUACAGUGAUCUACAGGAUGUUGAUGAGAUUAUGUGGUGGGAUAAUAUGGAAUUAAUUGAUAAUGGAGUCACAUGGUCCAUGGGUGGUGGCUCACCCGAGGACCUCAUUACAGGGCUCUGGAGUACCCAUGAAACAGCUGCUACUGGAGUUGAUGAAAAUGGCAGUUUUGUCCAAGAUGGCAAGAUUAAUAUUGGUGUGAAUGAUACGGGAUGGGACCUUUGGGAUCAUCUGUGA